AUGGAUGUCUUCUCACCAUCCCAGGUCUACUACGACAGAGCGUGUGCUUCCUCUCCAGACAGCCUGGAGUUCGGCCCCGGCAUGGAGCUCGCCGGCUCAGAGGAGGACGAGCACGUCAGGGUCCCCGGAGCCCCUCACCAGCCGGGACACUGCCUGCAGUGGGCUUGCAAGGCCUGCAAGCGCAAGUCCAGCUUCGUCGACCGCAGACGGGCCGCCACCAUGCGCGAGCGCCGGCGGCUGAAGAAGGUCAAUCACGCUUUCGAGGCGCUGCGGCGCUGCACCUCGGCCAACCCGAGCCAACGCCUGCCCAAGGUGGAGAUCCUGCGCAACGCCAUCCAGUACAUCGAAAGCCUGCAGGAUCUGCUACGAGAGCAGGUGGAAAACUACUACAGCCUACCUGGAGAGAGCGGCUCUGAGCCCGGGAGCCCGCUCUCCAGCUGCUCUGAUGGCAUGGCUGGCAGCAACAGCCCAGUGUGGCAACAGUUGAAUGCAAACUACAGCAACAGCUAUUCAUAUGCAAAGAAUGAGAGUUUGGGCGGCAAAGCAGCCGGAGCCUCCAGCCUCGAGUGCCUCUCCAGCAUCGUGGACCGCCUCUCCUCGGUGGAGUCCGGCUGUGGACCGGCCGCUCUGAGGGACAUGGCCACCUUCUCCCCCGGCAGCUCCGACUCGCAGCCCUGCACGCCGGAGAGCCCCGGGUCCAGGCCCGUGUACCACGUCCUGUGA